GCCAACCUGGCUAGUUUGAAAGCUUGGCGCGGGCGGAGGUUGGAGCUAGUGAGGUGGGGGUGUGGGGUGCACUCUCCUGUAGCCCGGGGCUCCUGUCUGCGGCGGAGGGACCCUGCAGCAAGCGGCGACACCAGCGGCGGGGAACCGACAAAGGGUGUUGCCGUGGUGAUGGCAGUGGAGGACAGCGUGGUUCGGGUUGUGGUGCGGGUCCGGCCCCCAACCGCAAGGGAGUUGGAGAGCCAGCGGCGGCCUGUGGUUCAGGUGGUGGACGAGCGGGUACUGGUCUUUGACCCUGAGGAGCCCUAUGGGGGCUUUCUUGGCCUGAAAUGGGGCAGCGCCCAUGAUGGCCCCAAGAAGAAGGGCAAAGACCUGACGUUUGUGUUUGACCGGGUCUUUGGCGAGGCGGCCACCCAACGGGAUGUGUUCCAGCACACCACCCACAGCAUCCUGGACAGCUUCCUCCAGGGCUACAACUGCUCAGUGUUUGCCUAUGGGGCCACUGGGGCCGGGAAGACACACACCAUGCUGGGAAGAGAGGGGGACCCUGGCAUCAUGUACCUGACCACCAUGGAACUGUAUAGGCGCCUGGAGGCCCGCCAGGAGGAGAAGCAAUUUGAGGUGCUCAUCAGCUACCAGGAGGUGUACAAUGAGCAGAUCCACGACCUCCUGGAGCCCAAGGGGCCACUUGCCAUCCGUGAGGACCCCGACAAGGGGGUUAUGGUGCAAGGACUUUCUUUCCACCAGCCAACUUCAGCUGAGCAGCUGCUGGAGAUGCUGACCAGAGGGAACCGAAACCGUACGCAGCACCCCACUGACGCCAAUGCCACUUCCUCCCGCUCCCAUGCCAUCUUCCAGAUCUUUGUGAAACAGCAGGACCGAGUUCCGGGUCUGACCCAGGCCCUUCGUGUGGCCAAGAUGAGCCUGAUUGACCUAGCUGGCUCAGAGCGGGCAUCCAGCACCCACGCGAAGGGGGAGCGGCUGCGGGAGGGUGCCAACAUCAACCGCUCUCUGCUGGCCCUCAUCAACGUGCUCAACGCCCUGGCUGAUGCAAAGGGCCGCAAGUCUCACGUGCCCUACAGAGACAGCAAACUGACCCGCCUUCUCAAGGACUCCAUUGGGGGUAACUGCCGCACAGUGAUGAUCGCUGCCGUCAGCCCCUCUGGCCUGACCUAUGAGGACACUUAUAACACACUCAAGUACGCCAACCGGGCCAAGGAAAUCAAACUCUCGCUGAAGAGCAACACGAUCAGCCUGGACUGUCACUUCAGCCAGUACGCCACCAUCUGCCAGCAACUCCAGGCUGAGGUGGCCACCCUGAGGGAGAAGCUUCAAGUGUAUGAGGCGGGAGCCCGGGGCCCACAACAGGACCUCCCACAGCCCCCCAGAUCGGGCUCUCCACAACAGCCUCUUCCCAGCUCCUCCCCACCAUCCUGCCUUCCCAGCCAGCCCCGCACCCCGGAACUCCACCCAGGGCCUGCAGUCGUUCAAGAAGACAGCCUGGGGACAGAGGCCCAGGUGGAGAGGGUCAUGAAAGGGAACUCUUCAGACCAGGAGCAGGCCUCUGAGGACAAGAAUGAAGGCCCAGCCCAGGAGGUUCCAAUCCAGGUGCCAAAGCAGAGCCUCGGACACCCUCCGCCAGGGUCCCCUGGCCUGACUCUGCAGCCCAAGCCAGUCAUGGACCACCUCUCACCACAAAACCUGGAAGGGGAUAGUUCUAAGCAGCUGGCGCUGAAGGUGCUGCGCCUGGCCCAGCGGCAGUACGCCCUGCUCCAAGCAGCCAACCUCCUGACCCCUGACAUGAUCGCAGAAUUUGAGACCCUGCAGCAGCUGGUGCAAGAGGAAAACACUGGGCCUGCAACGGAGGCCUCGGGGGCUCCUGGUUUGGCCAAGAGUGCACCCCUGGCACAGGAGCUGUGUUCAGAGUCAAAGUCUCCAGGAUACUCGGGCCCUGUGACCAGGACCAUGGCAAGACAACUGAGUGGCCGCAUGCACAUUCUGGGGGUCCCACAUGAGCCAGACCACACCCCAGCCCAGAUAUCUCCACGGCCCGUGGAGAAGAAGAGGAGGAGGAGGCUGAGCCCCUCAGAGCAAGACGGUCCCCCAGCCAUGAGGCCGGGGACCAAGCGCCAGCGCCAGUCCUUCCUGCCCUGCCUGAGGAGGGGGUCUCUGCCUGAGGCUCAGCCUUUGUUGGGACCGACCACCCCCAAAGGGAGAAGGGUCUCUUCUCCUUGCCACUCUCCUCGAUUCUGCCCAGCCACAGUCAUCAAAAGCCGGGUGCCUCUGGGCCCUUCUGCUCUGCAGAACUGCUCCACUCCUCUGGCCCCGCCUGCUCGGGACCUCAACGCCACCUUUGAUCUCUCUGAGGAGCCCCCCUCAAAGCUGGGUUUCCAUGAACGUGCUGGCUGGGAGAACGUCCCCCAGGAACUGAAAAGGCUGGAUCAGCCCUUCAUCCCCAGUGGACCUGUGCCCCUGUUCACCAUGAAGGGCCCCAGGCCAGCACCUUCCUUCCCUGGGACCUCAGCCCGCAAGAAGAGGCGCGUUGUGAGUUCCUCAGUUUCCCGCCGUCGUCGCCUUGCCCGUCCCCAGACGACGUAG